CCGCGGGAGCGAGUUGCGCAGUUUAGCGCUGCGCUGCGCGGAGAAGGACCCUCUCCAAGCUUCCUUCGGAGGGGGCGCAGGCGCGGCUGCCUCCGGGGGCGGCCUCGGGGUCCAGGUGCCCACCCCACGGAGCCGUCCUGAAUGAUGCCCAGGGGCCGUGCCUGGACCCAGCAGGAGAUUGCCUGCCUCCUGGCGUUCAUCGGAGGCUGCCGGCAGGUGACGCUGCUGAUGGCCUCCACCUCGCGCCCCAACGAGGCCCUCUGGCGAGAAAUCUCCCGCCGGCUGGCCCUGGCCGGCUACAGCCGCAACGUGGCCCAGUGCCGCUCCAAGUGGAAGGCCCUCAAGCAGGCCUUCUACUCCGAGUGGGAGACCCGGAGGCAGCAGGGUGGGGGGCGACCCGCCCCACAGGCAACCCCUCACUACAAGACCAUGAAGAGGAUCUGGGAAGCUGCGGGGCGACCUGUCUUUGGGGAGAGGCGCCUGCCAGAUCUAGGGAAGCUGCCUCCCCACAAGGAUAGGGACGAUCCAGAGGCCAAGCCGUCUCGGUCCUUGCCACAAGGGAUGGCAGGCAGCAAAGCCCAGGACCUGUGUGGUGGGAGACGGUUGACUUGCUCAGCUUCUGCGUGUCAGGCUGCUGAUUCCCCCUCGGCCUGUGAGGGCUCCUUGAGGCCCUUGCCAGGGAGCCCGGACCGGCCAGCCUGCGCUGCAGAGAAGGACUCACCCGAGACUGCAGGAGAGGAACAGGCGGCAGCGGACGGUGGGCAGCCCUCUGGGCCAGACGGUCAAGGGCCCGGCAUCGUCAGCCUCCUGCAGAGCAUGCAGCAGAUCCUGGUGCAGAUCCUGCGCACAUCACGGCAGCAGCAGCUCCUCCUGGAAAGCUUGGCCAGCGACACAGUCUCCCACCUGCACGUCAUCUCGGACAACCUGGUGCAGGUGGGCGAGACUCUGCACGAGUUGCUGCUCCAGAGCCACGCGCACUCUGCCGAUCCGUACGGCAUCCGCACCCCUCUCCACGGAGGCCCAUCCCAGCCCUGUUCCCCGGGGGCCCCAUCUGCCUCUCCCCUUCUCAAGGAAGAAGCUUGGCUGCUCCCUGCCACCGGCUUCCGACCUCACGGCUUGGCCCCACCCUGAGCCACUGCUCUCUCCCAAGUUUUGAUACUCCAUCAGAGUUGGGCAGGGGCAGCGCGAGGGACUCCAUUUGCCCCUCUGUGCCGAGAGCGGGCAUUUCCCAAGGUCAGUGUUUGUAUCCUUAGAGAAAAGCCUCCAGACUUUUGUAAAAAUUUAUUUUUUCAAUAAAAUUUAAAAA